AAGAACGCAAGCGUCCUAUUUAUAUUUCGUCCUAAUAAUAGAGCCCGCAAUUACGCUUCCGUUAUUCUUGAUCAGUGGGGGAGAGCCUUUAUUUGAUUGUUCCAUUCACAAAUCAUUCGGUCGUUUUCAUAUAUUCGUUCAGUCACUAGCAUUGAUUUACUUAUUCAUUCAUUCAAAAAACCAAAACGUGAAACGUGAACGCGAGUCGUGGAAACAUGUCUGCCGUUUGUGUUAUUUGACGUAAAUAUUGGCUAUAAUUUUAGUUCCAAUCGAAUAUUUGUACCUAGUGAUUUUUGGUGCUAUCUCUGUUUUAUAAUGUGUGCAGUGGUGCAGUGAAUCGUUCAUAUGAGGUUGUUAUACAAAACUGGUCCAAUGGAGUCACUGCGAAAGUGGUUUUACAAACCAAAGAGGGAUGACCGGUCCCUCUUGGCGCAGUUCUUCUUCGCGGACGACGCCCUUAACAUGAUAGCGGCGGAGUUGGACUCCUUCGACGGCCGCAAGGACCCGGAGAGGUGUUCGACCCUAGUGAACCAGCUCAGGCAUGCUCAGGACCGAGUGUUGAACAUCACAAGCCAGAUAAUGGACCAGAUUUUGGGAGACGAGCGCGUCGCGAGAGGAUUCAGGGUGAAGUUUCCAGAAGACGUCCUACAAGACAACCUGGCCGGGCAGCUGUGGUUUGGGGCUGAGUGCCUCGCCGCGGGUUCUUCCAUUAUGAACCGUGAAGAAGAGUCGGCAGCGAUGCGCCCCUUGGCCAAGGCACUCACUCGAAGCUUAGAGACCGUCCGGUCUCUUCUGCGCGAGCAAUGCCUGAGGCCUAGAGGGCACGCGCUGUCACAACACGACGACAUGCUCCAUGAGAGUUUGAGAAUAUUCGACAGACUGUUCGCUGAGUUCGAGUUGUGCUACGUGAGCGCCAUGGUCAACGUGAAGACUCCCCACGAGUUCGAAGCGCAGCAGCUGAUCUGCGUGCUCUUCUCGGAGAGUCUACGCCGAGCCCUUAAACAGAGCCUGCUCACACAGGAACAGGUUGACUCAUAUGACCCCGCGCUGAUGUUUGCCGUGCCGCGUCUGGCGAUUGUUAGCGGUCUGCUCAUAUACUCAAGUGGCCCCCUUAGUAUAGACAAAUCACCAGAGGAGAUGUCAGACAUGUUCCGUCCGUUCCGCACUCUGCUGCACAAGAUCCGCUCGCUGCUGUGGACGCUGGACAGGCGCGAGCUGUGCGCCCUGGAACGACUGCUGUGCUCCAACGAGGACAUCUCGCACCUGGCCGCACUAGAUCUGCCCCCAGCCGGUGAUUCUUUAGACGAAUCAACUUGCCCAUAUCCUGAUAUUGGUGAAUUCGUUUCAAGAUUUUACGCUGACCAUGCGCAUUGUAGAGAUCUCUACACUCAAAGUUCAACCGAACCAACGAUAACAGACGCCGAUUACCUCCCCGACAAUAUAGAAGUGAUGACUCCCAUUAUAGACGGCCUGCGUCGUCUCGACGCGACAGACAGUUCAGACGUAGACAUAGACUCACGACAAGAGGGAAGGCUCUAUUCCACAACUAGCACAGACUCUUUCCACACAGAAGAUAACGAUAAUAACAGGAAAACUAGUAGAGCAGAGUCUACAGACCUCGCGUCUUUAAGGAAUCUAUCGACAAACGGCUUAAUGAUGUUCGAUCCGCUAGUCAUAAACGCUGCAUCAACCUCCACAGAUAAACAGAUCCCAGACCCCGAUUUAGUCACGAGUUUGAACGAGCAAGUGACGGAAAUAGCCGACAGGUUAUCCUCCAUAAUGUCCAGCGACGUGGAAGUAGAACUACCUAGCAGACACUCUUUCUCCACCAAUGACGUACCAUCAAUAACGGAGACUGAAGUGUUCGGCCUAGGGUCCAGAAAUGAACAGAUGAGCUGCCUGCCUUCGACCAGCCACGGAUACCUGAUACCGAACGCGAUAAACCACGAACCGGUUCUGUCUCUUUCACACAAUAAUUCAGCUGUUUUCAACCAGGAGGACGAAAACCACGAGACAAACGGUGGCACUAUCUUGAACACUGACCUCCAACUCAUAAUACCAGACAACAUUGACGCCGAAAUUGUUAACACUAACAUAUCGAUAGCCAACGCCAAUUUGAGUUCGUUACUUUUGACCAACGAGGAGUUUAGGACUAGUUUCAUAGACGAGACGGCAGACAAUGACAAUACCAGCUUCCAUUCGGCUAAGAUGACCAUAGAUAGGGACGAAGACGAUAGGGUUAAGUUCAUGUUAGGUUACGAGAGCGACCACGAAUCGCCCGUUGAUUCUGGGGUCAGCACAGAAAACACUAGCUUAGAUAGAUCCCCUGAUACGGAUCAGAAUAAGGAUGUAAAAGCGAACCAUUUCAUGCAACAGAACAGGGUAUUAGAGAGUCCCGAAGAGAAGGAUACCAAAAAUACACUAGAGAGCUCGUUUUCCGAUGUAAAUAACGACAACGGAACUGUAAAUAUAAACUACGUUGAGCAGCAUACUCAGAAGAACGAAGCUGGUUCGUCAAGUAUAGAUGUAAUGAACAGGAUAUCAGAAGAGGAGGGUUUGAACGAAGCGACCAAUUCAAAGUUACAAGACUGGGGUGCUAACACCCAACAAGAAGAAUUUAGGAGUAUAGACGAAGUUAUAACUGAGCUGAGGAGACAAAGGGAGUCUGAUAUGAAGAUUAACACGCUAGUCAACGACAAUAAUAGUACAGAAGCGCCGGCACAGAGCACGUCCAGGAAAAAGACUAGAAAGAGUGUUAAGAGUAGGCGAAGAAAGAAGAUGUGGUCGCCCGGCAUGGUGAUAUUGGACAAUAGGUCGACGCAGCAUCAGAACAACACGCUCAAGUUGAAUCUGGACCAUUUCGUUGAUGAAAGUGGAACGUCGUGCGGUGCAUCAGAUUGCGCUGACGAUGAGCAGAUCGCUUUAGCGCUCCAAGCGCAAGAAUUAGAAGCUAGGCAACAGGCGAGAGGGAAAUUCAAAUCCAGUGAAGACCUCAUCCACCGGCUAUUCGUAUGUAUAGCGGGCGUGGCCGAUCAGCUACAGACUAACUUCGCGGCGGAUCUGCGCAACAUCCUGAAGGCGGUGUUCCUCAUGAACCAGACGCCGGAACCGCCGGAAACGCCGGAAACACCAGAACCGGAGACGAAGGAACCACCGCAGACCAUAGAGUAUGAGGCGAGCGAGGACCAGGUCAUACAGAACGGAAGUUCAUUCGACAGCGUUUACUCGGCCGAAGAAGUAUACGCAGACAGCACAUCGGACUCCACCGCGUCGGAAUCGAACCCGCGACUCGUUCGCCGGAACACGGUGAACGCAGCCACCAUGGCCACGGACGAGAGGCAAGCCGCGACCAGCGACAGUAGAAGGAAGUCCGUAGACAACACUGGCAACUUGCAAGCGUCCGUGUCUACAGGCGAUCUUACUUACAGGGACAGAGAGGAACGUCGCUCCGCAUCUCCCGGAGUGGAGCGCGCGCCCGAAUGGGUGCCGGAUAUAGCCGCGCCCGCUUGCAUGCGAUGCUCUGCUCACUUCACGGCCUUUAGACGGCGCCACCAUUGCAGGAACUGUGGUAAAGUGUUCUGCGCGUCGUGCUCGUCGAACUCGAUCCCGCUCCCCCGCUUCGGUCAGCUGAAGCCGGUACGAGUGUGCGACGAGUGUUUCCGGCACAUCGCCGCCGACUGCCGCCGGGCGCCGCACAGGUGCUAGCCUCCCGCUCACUCGUUCAAUCGUACACUCACUCGUUCAUACGGUCACUUAUCCAUACGUUCGACAGAUUUAUCCCGUAGACAUAGAGACUGGUAUUAGCGUUCUCCAACCAGCUUCGGUUAGCUGAAGCCGGUGCGAGUGUGCGACGAGUGCUUUCGGCACAUCACCGCCGACUGCCGCCGCGCGCCGCACCUGUGCUAGCUUGCCUUUCACUCGUUCAACCGUACACUCACUCGUUCAUACGUUCAUCAGCUAUCCAUUUAUCUCGUAGACAAAGAAUGGUAUAGUGCGACAAGGAUCUUUAUGAAUAUAGCGAAAAUUGGAACUAACGCCGCCGCCUUUGUAAACGUCAUAUUUUGUAUGUUAUUUACGUAGACAAUAGCUACCCGUAGAACUGUCACCACAUUCAUAAAGAUCCUUGUCGCACUGUAUUAUGCCGGAAUACGCAGUGCUCCAUACCCAACUCUGAAGUAAAACAAAGCUUGACUGAGCAGAUAAGUGUGAGAAAGUGUGAAGCAAUAUGGCGAGUCAUGGUUCGUCUGCGUAUUGUUUUUUUUCCUCUUUUUCUAGUUGUCGAUUCUAUGCGAGUGUCGAUUAGUCUAUUCUCAGCUGAGCUCAGUCUAUGCCCCGCACGCAUAGACAAUGCACUGAGCUACACUCGCAUGAAUUGGACAUUACAAGAAAGAAAGCGAUGAUGCAGCCAACAAUUAUACGAACUAUUUGCAUUGCGCUUCGUCUCUGAAAUAUCUACUCAGUUUGUCAGGGAACGCUCAGUCCAUUCUCGGUGACUCUGGUGUAUCCUUACAGUCAAAAGCAUUGUCGUUUAUGCUAUUCGUUGCGUGUUCCGUUGUAUCAGCACUCGCUAAACUUAAUUUUACAACCGCACUAAGUGACGUAUUGUCUUUUUCUCCUCCUCCAAAUUCCAAAAACGAUUUUCAGCCACAGGUAGUUAUAAUAGAUGCAACUUACGACACAUAUAACAGAAUUCGUUUAUGAAGAUAUUUUACCUUUGGCAUAUUAAAAUAAUUCUUGUGUCUUAAUGUUCCAAGUAUGGUUAUGGUCUAACAAUCCUUAUUUCAACCAUACAUUAAUAGUGAGUUCCGUAUUCAAUUUGCGAGUGCUAUUAAAACGAGCAUGUUGACGUAUUACAUAUACGCUGCUGGUUUUCACUGCAGUUUAACCAAAGUCAGCUGUUUUUUUCAAGCGAUGUUUUAUCAAGCUGACGGUCAGGACGAUUGUAAGUGCUGACGAAUGUAAUAGGACAGAAUAUAAAUUUUAUUAUAGAUAUUUGAUACUCAAAUCUCAUUUAAUAAAACUGUUCAACUUUUAACUCACCUUCCCCGUACCAAAUCCAUAUUCUCCCGUCCAUCAUAGUCUUUGUUAUAGAAACUGAAAUAUAUUAAAAUCAUUUGUUCAUUGAC